UGUCGAGGUGACUGGUGCCUGUGGCUCCCCAUCAAUCAGCAUCUCGCGCGCCCGCUUCUUUUGCCGCGACUUCAUUCCACGCCGCCGACUGUUGGCCACGGGCCGUUGACACUACUAUUUACGAAGUACGUACGCAUGAAGUACGUAUCGGCAGCGACAACCUUGUGUGUCGUCGUGUGAGCGAGGUCCGUCGGUCGGUGUGCCGAACUUGUCAGCAAGCAUGGCGUGUUCUCACUCCUCAGACAACCCACCCCGGAAUGCAUCACGAGACGGUCCUUGCGGAGCUGCAACGUCCCAUUCGCCGCUCCCGAGUAUAUGCCGCGCUAGGCAAGAUCCACGCUCCUCGAUCGAGAUGUUCGUGCAGACGCGCUGCUACGUACCCUGUCCCCCGUGAACGAACCGUCUUUCUUCAUCGCAUCGUUGACGAGAUUGCCCACACGGACCGGCGGGCGGCUGUUCCAGUUCCCCGUUUCGUUGCCGGUCGGCUACCCUGCACUUGGAGUUUCUCCUCGAUCAGACAUGGCAAUGCAUGUUUUCGAUCUCUCAAGCUGCAGCAAAGGUUCCUUUCAUCUCCAGCGCGGCGCCGCCGAUGCAGCCGCACCCUGAUAAUUGGGCCUUCAAGCCACUUCUGCUCAUGCAUCCGAUACGAGGAGAGGGAGGCGGGCAGUUGUUUAAGUUGUUUACUUUGUGUGGAUCAUCUGUACCUGGGGCCCCUUGGAUCGGGUCUUAUACUUUACACGAGCUUCGGCGCUUUACCGACUCGAGGGCAUCAACAACAAGGCAUUGUUCCAAGGAUAGACAGGCAUCGCGACUAAAGGGAGGAGCCGGUCUUACACUCAUCAGUUCGUGCAGUGAAGUCGUGGGCCUUUUUUCGAGGGAUGCCGGACCAGCGGCUCUAGCGUCGACCCUGCGUCAAACAGCCGGGGCUAUGAAUGAAGCCGGGCAUUUUCAGAUGCUUCAUGGUAGGCGGCAUCCGCAUGAUUCGCUUGCUCGAAAGGUCACCAGCGAUAACUGGCAGAAGCUCAAUAGGUAUCUCACAAGGUAGGCUCAGAGCAACAACAAACCCCAAGCCACCGGGACCAGGCGUCGCCAGGAGCCGCAGCCCAAGACGCCGCGCACACGCAUCACGAGAUUUCGAGUCUCCCGCCAUGGCGACCGGUGAAUGGCCGGCCAAGCGCCCCUCGCGAUCCGCAAAUGAGCCUGAGCAAGGUUUCGCGCCGUGUCUCAGCGUGCUCAGCCGCGGGCACCGUGGUGACGUGAUGAGAGAGGGCUGUUGGCCCAGCCUGGGCCUCCCUGGUCGGCGCAUCGGAGGUUGCCCUGGCAACGGCGACAACAACCACCAAUUCCAUGACCACCUUGAGAUGCCCUGUCACAUCCCGACCGCCCAUGCGUGCGUCUCGCAUCCACUCAUCCUAAAUCCUCCGUCCAGUCUCUUUAUCGCAUCGCAGAGAGAACGAACUGAUUUUUUUCCAUCUGCGCCUCUACGCUCCCGUCUUCGACGGAGGGGAUCACACACACAUACACACAUAAACUACCGUACAAACAAAGGCGGCGAGAACCCCUUUACACAUCACCGCUUACACCCACCUCUUCAUCUCAUCAUAUAUACAUCAGUAUAACUAGUGGUCGUCAAAGUCGCCCCCGACUGAGCACGACCGCAACAACACCCUAGCCCGGCGCUCUGUGCUUGCGCUGCGUGAGUUUCGGACCAAGAACGGUUCCCUUUUGACAACGACAACCGACGACAACUUAGGCCCUCCCACCCUUUCCGGACUCCCCUCGCGACAGAAGAAAUGCUGUCCCACCCGACAAAUAGGCUUCACGCCCGGCAGAGGCAACACCGCCGCCAGAACUCGACCCCCUCUGCCUUUGAGGGCGUGAAGAUGCCAGCCCUGCCCAGCCCCAGCAGCCAACGGCCGGCCGCCGGCCAUCACCACCAUCGCCGCGGCCUCAGCCUGGACACCCGACGACAACACCACCAGCAGGACUACAAGGUAAGCACUAACAACACAGGACUAGCACAGACCUCGCAGCAUCAUGUUUUGCGAGAAGCGCAGCAGCAACGCACACAAGCACGCCCGGGCACACAACUGCAGCAGCAGCAGCAGCAGCAGCAACAACAACAACAACAACAACAACAACAACAGCUCUCAUCACAACAGCACUACGCCUCCGCACUGGCGUCGUCUGACAGUGAAAACUACCUCAUCUCUCCCCAUGAUACCCCUCAAUCUCACAGGUUCGACCCGGCAUCCUGCUUCGACGGGGGUGCCGGUCCGUUCAGCGCCUACGAUGCUCAGCUGAACCUCAUGUUGCAGAAAAACCAGGAGAGCUUCAACAGCAACAUGACUGACGGCAAGGAGUUUGACCUGUACACCAACGACAGCGCCCUCUCCACGCCCACAUUCAUGCAUUUCCCCGACAGCCCCUCCGCGCAAGGCUGGUCAUCGGAUGGAGCCUCCCGGAGAGGUUCGCGGCGCAUCAGCAACGGCAUCGUGGACCGCGUGACCAAGUUUGAGAACCUGAGCAUGGAGGAGUUGCAGAGGCCAAUGACGCCGCCGAACCAGAAUGGACAACACCAGUUUCCCCCUACCCCCAUGGAGACGCCACAUGACCGCCUCGUCAAGCAGGAGUCGAGGCCCGACCGAUUCAGCGACGACUACGAUGAGUCAAUGGAGGAGACCAUCAAGCCGCGCCGUGCGCAAUCAAGCCAGCGGACGCAAGACAUCUUCCAGGAAAUGCGACAACAAGCAGAGAGACGCUCCCCGGCAGUGCCCAGCCCGCCAAGGUCGGGCGCGCUGCCCGCCAGCAAGACGUUUGCCGGCAUGCCAAUGCAGGACGCCAGCUUCAUGGCCAUGAGCUCGCUGAGGAACGAGUUUGCCAAGAUGGACGGAGGCUUCGAGCAGGUGCAGUACGAGGAGCCCGAGUCGAUGCACUCGGGCGCGUCAGACGCAUCGCAUCACUCGACGCCGGCCGACAUGGGCCACUACAUGAGCAGCUUCGACGAGACGCCUGGCUUCCAGCACCUCACACACGAGGAGGAGGCGUCAACAUCGGGGUCGCCGUCGCGGCGCAAGUCGCCGCAUCGCCGCACCGAGUCCAUCGCCAGCAUCACGAGCGCGGCCAGCAUCGCUAGCAUCAACAUCGAGGAGACCAAGACGGAGACGGGGGUGACGAUGGAGGAGAUUUCGCAGUACAUCCGCAGCCCGGAGACGACAGACGGCAAGUGGACGUGCCUGUUCGACGACUGCGGCAAGAAGUUUGGUCGCAAGGAGAACAUCAAGUCGCACGUGCAGACGCACCUCAACGACCGGCAGUACCAGUGUCCGACGUGCAAGAAGUGCUUCGUGCGUCAGCACGACCUCAAGCGGCACGCCAAGAUCCACACGGGCAUUAAACCUUACCCAUGCGACUGCGGCAACAGCUUCGCGCGGCACGAUGCUUUGACGAGGCACCGCCAGCGCGGCAUGUGCAUCGGCGCCUUUGACGGCAUCGUGCGCAAGGUGGUGAAGCGCGGCAGGCCGAGGAAGAACAAUCGCCCCGACAUGGAGACGCGCCUCGACAAGGCGGCCCGUCAGCGCAAGAAGAACAUGUCGGUCAGCUCCGUGUCGUCGGCGUCGGGCUACUCGGACAGCUCGGCGCCCAACUCGCCCGAGUACAACAUGCUCGACGAUGUGGAUCUGGCCGACAUGGCCCGCGGCCUGUCGGCAUCAUCGUCGGCGCCCAUGCCGCUCAUGCAUGCGGCGGCGGCGCCCCCUAUUUCCUCGUCGGUCGACAUGGCUGACAUGGCCAUGUCGCCCGAGGCCGAGAGCGUCCACUCGUACGUGUCGCCCGACGCCAUCAUGGAGAGGACAUUGUCGAAGCCAGCCACGCCCGCCCGGAGCGUUGCGAGUCUGUACACGACGCCACCGGACCUGUCGCAGUCGUCGUCGCCUCCGCCGCCCGCGCAUUUCUUCGAUGUGGACCCCAACACGAGCGCGAGCACCGACGCCUGCGACCUGGCUGUCAUGUCGGCUCCCUGCACAACGGCCGCCAUGGCUGAGUCCCUGACCAUUGGUAUCAGCGACCACGACGACGACCUGCUGCUCCAGUUCGCCAACGACGAGGGCCUCGUCCAGCUCGACCGCGGGGCUGACAUGCUGAUGAUGGGCAAGUUCGAUGACGACUUUGACAAUGUCGGCAUGUUCAGCAACGAAGACAUGUUCUUUGGCAGCUCAUGAGGUCAGUCCCGUCGCGACUUUCUGCGCUUUCCUCCCGUCAUAUAUGUCCCCUGUAUGUACUCUCAGCAUGAUGUUACGUCUCGUGUAUCGCGGGCUGCCGUCGCUCCGCACCCCCGGCCCUCUUUCCUGUCACGCUAUUCACCUUCCUCACGUCUCUUUGUUUUCGGCCAACAACGCUUUUCGGAUUCGAGUCCGGCUCGAGGCCGGACACCCUGCAACGUCUGAUGUCUUUUCUUUACUUCUUCUCCUUCGGUCUCCCCCGGGAAAAUGUAAUGACGACCAUGCGGAUACUUGACGCCGGCAAUGGGGGAUGGCGCUCCAUGAUUCGACCUUUCUGUACUAUAGGAUACGGGAAAAUAAGCAAAGGGUAGACAAACUGGGAAAUGGUUUUUGUUUCGACCCGAGGGCGCACGGGUUUAUGAUUUCUGGAGCCAAGGCGCGGGCGAAAGGAGGGCUGGCAGAUUGACGGCGCGCCACCACGGAUGGGGGCUGGCCGUCGCCGCCGGAUCCUUGCGCCGCGCGGAGUUGAUAUUGCUUUGGUAUCUAGAAUAUGAAUCGACCUUGGGUGGAGACG